AUGUCCUGCCAGCAGAGCCAGCAGCAGUGCCAGCCCCCUCCUAAGUGUGCCCCCAAAUGCCCUCCCAAGUGCCAGACCCCAAAGUGUCCCCCUAAGUGUCCUCCUAAGUGUCCCCCUAAGUGUCCUCCUGUCUCUUCCUGCUGCAGUCUGGGUUCUGGGGGCUGCUGUGGUUCCAGUUCUGGGGGCUGCUGUGGUUCAAGCUCUGGAGGCUGCUGUAGCUCUGGCGGUGGUGGCUGCUGCCUGAGCCACCACAGGCCCCGCAGAUCUUUCCGUCACAGACACCAGAGCUCUGGAUGCUGUAGCAGCGGUGGCAGCGGUGGCUGCUGUGGCGGCAGUGGUGGCAGCAGUGGCUGCUGUGGCAGCAGCGGGGGCAGCAGCUGUGGCAGUAGCCAGCAGUCUGGGGGCUGCUGCUGA